AUGCUUUCACGGAAAACUCCCACCUGUCAGGCCAACCGACAUCGUUUCUUCUUCCGGGAAAAACACAUCUCUGAAAUUAUUUACAGUGCCCAUCUUUACGAAUCUCGCUUCCUAAACAUAGGAGACUACUUACUAGUCAAUACUUUCGAGGAGUUGGAAGGAGGUAAAGAAACUCAAAUGGGUCUCAGGGUUAAUGGACGCCCUGCUCUGGCAAUUGGUCCUGUGUCUCUUCCAAAUUUCUUACAAGGUAGGAAUUCCGUUUGCAGCAUGUGGGAAGAGGAUAAAACGUGCCUUCAGUGGCUAGACGCCCAACCUCAAGGUUCUGUGUUAUAUGUUUCCUUUGGUAGCAUUGCUAUGAAGUCUGAAAGGCAAUUGCAUGAGCUGGCUCUUGGACCAGAGGCUUGUGGAUACCCGUUCCUGUGGGUGCUCAGAUCAGAUAUAGCAGAAGGAAAGUCCCUUGAUUUACCAGAAGGCUUCAAGGAUCGAAGCAAGGAUCGGGCUCUGUUCGGAUGUAGGCGGAGGAUUCUUUACACAUGGUGGAAUUCUACUUUGGAGGCGAUUAGCAUGGGAAAUCUUAUGAUUGGACGGUCUUAUAUUGGUGAUCAAUUUUUUAAUUGUUCUUUUGUAAAAGAUGUUUGGAAUGUUGAUUUGGACUUUGAGGAUGUCGAUGUUGAUGAAUUUACAUUAAUGACAAAAAAGAUUGUUGAGAGUACAAUUAAAAGUAUAAUGGAAGGUUUUAUUACAAUGAAAUUACGUGAAAAUGUUAUGAGGCUAAAGGAGGCAGCACAUGAGACAGUGAUGGAAGGAGAGACUUCUUAUUCAAACUUGAAUACUUUUGUAGAGGAUAUACAAAAGAUAGCAAAAUCAAGGGUCUAA